AUGGGUUUAUUAUCUAUUAUACGGAAGAAUCGACAAAAGGAAAGGGAAAUGCGCAUUCUCUUUCUUGGCCUAGAUAACGCCGGGAAGACCACGAUCCUCAAAAAGCUCAACAACGAGGACAUCAGUGGGAUUAGUCCAACUUUGGGCUUCAAUAUCAAGACCUUUGUUCAUAGAGCCUACACCCUCAAUAUCUGGGAUGUUGGAGGCCAGACAACGCUUCGCCCGUACUGGCGAAACUAUUUUGAACAAACAGAUGCGCUGGUCUGGGUCGUCGACUCGAGCGAUCGCAUGAGAAUGCAUGACUGCAAACGCGAGUUGCAUAGUUUAUUGACUGAAGACCGUCUCGCGGGUGCUUCCCUUUUGGUUUUCGCGAACAAGCAAGAUCUACCUGGUUCGAUGGAUGACUCUGAAAUCUCAAACGUAAGUCUUCUGGUAGCUGCUGGUAUUCCUUUCUCGUCACCCGUCACCGGCAUUCUUGUCAAGUAUAGUAUGCUCAUAAACACACAACAGGCAUUGGACCUACCCUCGAUCAAAUCGCACCACUGGACGAUCUGGCCGUGCAGCGCUGUUACCGGUCAGAACCUGGUAUCCGGAUUAGAUUGGGUUGUCAACGAUGUUGCGAACAGAUUGUACUACAGCUCCACGACUGCGCAUCCGACCAACGAGAAUAUUGGAGGUGCGCCACAGCCUGUGGAACCGAUAUCAUGA